UUCAUCUUCCGUCCAACUUUUCUUCUUUUUUCUCUCUUAAUUCCGUUUACCUCUUCAAUUUUAUGUUCAUCCUUUCUCUUCUCCCUCCUUUUUGUCAAUUUCUUCAUCUUCAAAUUAGUCUUCUUCCCCUUCAUUUUUAUCUUAAAUUCUUCAUUUUCCUAUUCAUAUUUAUUUUCGUCUUCAUCUUCCAGACAUUUUUACCUUCAUUUUCCUAUUCAUUCUACUGUCCUGUCCAGCUUCCUCUUCCUAUUUAUUUAAUCUUCCUUCAAAUUUUUCUAUCUUCCUCAUUAUUUCCACCUCGUCCUUUUUCCCUCAGUCGCGUGUGGGAAAAAAGCAGCAGCACUUUCUUCUUUCUCUUAUUUUACUCAUUUUUUACAUUGCCAAUUCCCCUCUCCCUUCUCUCAAUCCAUUAA